AUGGCGGGAGAAGCCGAAAUUCCAGCGGCGUUGCGCGGCAAAGGUACUGCAGCAUUCCGUGGGAGGAAGCACUACACCAGCCAGAACGUGCUAGCAGUUGUGGAUUUCAAUAUGAGGUUCACCUGCGUGCUUGCUGGGUGGGAGGGUUCAGCUCAUGAUGCGAACAUCCUUGCCGACACCUUGAAAACAAGGUACCACCUCAACGAGUUCUCUGCGAAGCACCGAUCUCAGAAUGCUAAAGAGUUGUUCAAUCUGAGACACUCAAGCCUUAGAGUCACCAUUGAGAGGGCCUUUGCUGCAUUGAAGAACAUGUUCAAGGUCCUUGAUCAGAAAUCGUUCAACACUUUUGACACUCAAGUAAAGCUUGUCCUUUCUUGUUGCAUUCUUCACAACUGGAUCCUAGGUUGGGGCGAGGAUGAGUUCUUCGAAGAGGUUGUCAUUUUGGAUGAAGUAGAGACCGGCCAUGGCGUGGACGCAGACGACAAUGAUGCCUUACGCACUUACAUACGAACAGUACUCUCCACCGUCCUGUCCAAAUCACCAGGUGAUGCCACGAUGAGAUCCAUCAUCAGCCUAGUGCUCGUGAUCACUGUCAGUUUCAGCUUGCUGCUUCCAUGUCAUCUCGCUGCCACAGCAUCGCGCCAUAGUCUCCUCCGCGGUGCGUCGAUCGCUGUCGAGGACCAUGAGACCGACUUCCUAGGCUCGCCGGACGGCACGUUUAGAUGUGGCUUCUACCUCGUGUCCCCGACGGUCUUCACCUUCUCCGUCUGGUUCGCGGGCGCCAAGGAAAGCGCCGUCGUUUGGACCGCCGACCGCUUGCGCCCCGUCCACAGCAAGGGCUCCCGCCUCACGCUCGACAAACACGGGAGCGCGCUCGUCCUCACCGACUACGACGGCGAGCCGGUCUGGAACUCCAGUUGGGCCGGCGCACGGGCGGCCUCGCGCGUCCGGCUCGACAACAGCGGUAACCUCGUCGUGGAGGAUGCCAACGGGAAUAAGCUGUGGCAGAGCUUCGACUCCCCGACGGACACACUGCUCCCGAGGCAGCCGCUCAGGGCCACGACGCGCCUGGUGUCGCGCGCCGAUGGCGGCAGCGACGGGCGUCUUCUUUCCUCCGGCUACUACAGCCUGGGGUUCAGCGACUACGCCAUGCUCUCCCUCUUCUACGACAAUGGCAACUUCUCCAGCAUCUACUGGCCCAACCCCUACAACAACUACAUCGACAACAAACGCAGGAUCUACAACUUCUCCCGCGAGGCCACCAUGGACGCGCUGGGCCAGUUCUUCUCCAGCGACAACGCCAACUUCCAGACGGCGGACUUGGGCGCCGCCGGCAUGAGGAGGAGGCUGACGCUGGACGCCGACGGCAACCUCAGGGCUUACAGCCUGCACGCGACCAAAGGGACGUGGGCCGUGUCGUGGAUGGCGUUCGGUAACCCCUGCAUCAUCCACGGUGUGUGCGGUGCCAACGCGGUGUGCCUCUACGCGCCGGCGCCGUCCUGCGUCUGCGCCCCAGGCCACGAGCGCGCCGACCGGAGCGACUGGAGUAAAGGGUGCCUGCCGAUGUUCCGGCAGCACGACUGCGCGACACCGACGAAGCUGAUGGAGCUUCCGCAUACCGACUUUUGGGGCUACGACCUCAGCGACGGCGAGAGAACGACGUUCGACGAUUGCGCCAAGAGGUGCCGGGAGCGCUGCUCGUGCGUGGGGUUCCAGCACAAGGAGCACAGCAACAUGGAGUGCUACCUCAAGAGCGUCCUCUUCAACGGCAGGACGUUCCCAGGCUUGCCGGGGACGGUGUACAUCAAGGUCCCGGCCGACUUUGUCGUGCCCAAGAUCCACGUCCACCAAUGGCAAGAGCAUGUACAGGGUCAGGGUCCGCUUCACUUCUUGGAGGAUAACGUCACCGGCUGCACCACCCCCCAAGGGUACCUCCUCCUCAACGUCUCUGCCUUGUCACAAGACCACGGCCGCGAUGCGGCGGCGAAGCCGGUGUGGCCAUACCUGUACGGUUUCCUGUCUGCGAUGUUCGUGGUCGAGGCCAUCGUGAUAGGGCUCGGCUGCUGCUGCCUCUUCUCCAAGAAGGGGCUGUUCAGGCCGUCCUCUCCGGUGUACCCCAUGGACGAAGGCUACAAGCUCAUCCUCCUCACGAGCAGCUUCCAGCGGUACAGCUACGCGGCGAUCAAGAAGGCUACGGCGAACUUCGCCGACGUGAUCGGCCGCGGCGGUUCCGGCGUGGUGUAUAAGGGCAUCCUUGAAGACGGCCGUGUCGUGGCCGUCAAGGCACUGACGACGAGCAUCAGCCGCUGCCAUGGCGAGGAGGAGUUCGAGGCGGAGCUGAGCCUGAUCAGCCGGAUCUACCACAUGAACCUGGCGAGGAUCGUCGGCUGCUGCUCCCAAGGCAAGCACCGCAUCCUAGUCUCCGAGUUCAUCGAGAACGGCUCGCUCGCCACCAUGCUGUUCCCCGACGACAACGACGAUCACGAAGUCCUCGGGUGGAGCCAGCGGUUCCGGAUCGCCGUCGGCGUGGCCAGGGGCCUGGCCUACCUGCACAGCGAGUGCCUCCAGUGGAUCAUCCACUGCGACAUGAAGCCAGAGAACAUCUUGCUGGACCGAGAUCUGGAGCCUAAGAUCACCGACUUUGGGCUCGCCAAACUUCUUGACCGCCGGCGCGACGGUUCUGGUUCUGGUGCUCGCACGGCCGGGCUGAACAACUCGAACCCGUCGCGGCGGAUCAGGGGAACGAGGGGGUACAUGGCGCCGGAGUGGGUGUCGAACCUCGACGUCAGCGACAAGGUGGACGUGUACAGUUUCGGCGUCGUGCUGCUGGAGCUAGUGAGAGGGGUCAGGGUGGCGGACGGCGGCGAAAAUACGGAUGUCAGGGCCGUCACCAAGGCUGCGCGCGAGAAGAUGCGAUCCGGCUGCGUGGAGGAUCUCGUGGACGAACGGCUCGCCGGCGAGUUUAGCCGUUCGCAGGUGGAGGUGCUGCUUGGAACUGCCUUGUCGUGCUUGGAGGAGGAGAGGAGCCGGCGGCCGAGCAUGGGCGCUGUGGUGCAGGCGCUCAUCUCUGUUGAAGAUGCGUGAGUGAGUCCAAAAUUUGUGAUCCACUCUUCUGCUUGGAGCAGAGGUCACUUACCAGUCCUGGUAAAUCUUGUCCCAACUUUCAUAAAUCUUGCUCAUGCGAAACUGCACAUCACUUUUGGCCUAAAUUUGUAGUUUCUCUGUCAAAAUGUACCUGCUAUUUCUAGUUGGUAGGUUAUGUUAAAUUGAGUUUGGGAUCAGAAUGAUUUGGUUGCUUAUCUAGAGGCUCAGAAACAGAAUGAAUUGAGUUU